AUGUCAGAAUCCGACAUCCAAACCCGCUUCUCACCCAACUCCCCCCUCGAACCAGACAUCAUCACCGAGAUCCAGUCCAUCUUGCGCCUGCACGACCUCUCCGUCGAUGACCUCUUUUUCAAAUGGGAAUCCUAUUGCAUAAAGAUGGAUUUGGACGCGCAAGCCGGUCUAUCGCUUUCCAGAAUACGAAACCUAAAGCAGAGCAUACAGGAUGAGCUGGAAAAGAGCCACCGCGCGACUCAGGUGCGCAACGAGCGCAAGGUGUUGAGUGCCACACCCAAAGCGAGCUCGGGCGGCGACGUGUUUGGAAUGUUGGACGGAUUGGUGCCCAGCACGCCGGCGACGGGGAGGUUGAAUCGUAGCGGUGGCGUGGGAGGGAGUGCCUUGAAGAAGAGGAUGGACGGUUUGAAGGUGGGCAGUUCGCCGGCGAGGAUGGAUGACCAGUUAAAGGCUAUGAAUGGGCUGCCGAGCACUUCGUUUGCGGACCGUUUGAACCCAGGAGAUGUCGUUGAGGUGCUGAAUGGCCAUCUUCAACCCGCUGAAGCGCCCAUUGCGCCGUUCGCCGAGCCGAGAAUCAAGCUGACUGCUGCGUCCGAUAUCAAGAAGAUGGCGUACAAGCCGCUGGCUAUGAAGCUCUCCGAAGCAAGUGAGAUUCUAGACGACCGCAUCGACGAGUUCAUCACGGUGGUACAGGACCACCACAAGCUAGAAGACUCGGCGUUUGGAAGCGCCGCCAGCCAAAGCACCACCGAGGUCGUCGCCGUGGGCAGAAUCGCCUCCGACUCGAUGGAGGGCAGACUCAACACCGCAUCCCUCGUGCUGGAAACAUCCCGCCGGACAGGAAUGGGCCUCCGCGUGCCUCUGCGGAUGGACAAGAUCCGAACGUGGAGCUUCUUCCCGGGACAAAUCGUCGCGCUGCGCGGCCACAACGCCACGGGCAACGAGUUCGUCGUCCAUGAAAUCCUCGAGAUCCCUCUCCUCCCCAAUGCCGCCUCGACGGCGUCUGCUCUCGAGGCCCACCGCGCAAAGUUCAGGGGCCACGCCGACGCCAUGGACUCGGAUGCGGAGCCCGCGCCGCUGACCAUCAUGUACGCGUCGGGCCCGUACACGGCCGACGACAAUCUCGACUAUGAGCCGCUCCAUGCGCUCUGCUCCCGGGCAGCCGAUUCCUAUGCCGACGCGCUGGUCCUCGCUGGGCCGUUCCUCGACAUUGACCACCCGCUCAUCGCAACGGGCGACUUUGAUCUCCCCGACGAGGCUGUCCAGGAUCCGGACACGGCCACCAUGGCCACCGUCUUCAAGUGCCUCUUCGCGCCGGCCCUCGCCCGCGCGUGCUCUGCCAACCCACACCUCACCGUCAUUCUCGUCCCCGCCGUGCGGGAUGUCCUCGAUAAGCACGUUUCCUGGCCGCAGGACGCGGUGCUCCGCAGGGAACUGGAUCUGCCAAAGUCGGUCAGGAUUGUGUCCAACCCAAUGACGCUGUCCAUGAACGAAAUGGUCGUGGGUAUCUCGACGCAGGAUAUUCUGUACGAGCUGAGGAGCGAGGAGCUGGCCAAGACGAGCGGCGACCUGAUGGCCAGGCUGGUCCGGUAUCUGGUUGAGCAGAGGCACUACUUCCCGCUGUUCCCGGCCGCCGAGAGGACGCGGCUGCCCAAGACGGGGACUGAGGAGGGCCUUGCGACCGGCGCCGUCUUGGAUGUCGGAUACCUGAAGUUGGGGGAGAUGGUCAAUGUCAGGCCGGAUGUUAUGCUGGUUCCUAGUUCCCUGCCGCCUUUUGCAAAGGUCGUCGAGAGCGUGUUAGCCAUCAAUCCUGGGCCAUUGUCGAAACGCAGAGGUGCGGGCACAUUUGCGAGGAUGACAUUAUACCCACCCGCUGUUGGGGAGGACGAGAUGCAGAGCCACAAGAUAUUCGACAGGGCGAGGGUAGAAAUCGUUCGGAUAUAG